GCGAUUGCAAAGCGUCAGAGCGAGUGGAGGACGCGAUAAAGUGUCCUGCAGGGGGCUUUAUCCUUGCUGUCGUGGGUCACUCAGAGGAUUCGUCAGCUCUACUCAGAUCGCAGCUCUCUCGGAACCGAUAAAAAGUCUCGGUGUCAUCUUCGACCUUCACAGACCAUUCAAAAAUCACUCCUUUGAUCCUAUGACGACUGAAGAAGAAGCGAUCGAAGAAAGAGAGGAAUUCGAGUUUAUCGAUCCCAACGACAUCCUCGCUGAAUUGCCAGACGAUGAAGACAUACCCAUGGACGAGGACGAGGAUGGAGAGGAGGAAGAGAAGGACGGCGUAGGGGAGUUACCCUCGCGUGAACAGAGCGAAAGCUUGGUCAGUAGUUUUCGAGAACAUCAAGGGUCCGUAUUCGCAGUCUCCUGUCACCCUACACAACCCCUAGCAGCUUCUGGAGGCGAGGACGAUCUAGGAUAUAUCUGGGAUAUCACAGACGGAGAAACGAUCGUGAAGCUUACCGGUCACACGGACAGUGUGACGAGCACGGCCUUCAGUCGUGACGGGGAGAUGAUCGCCACUGGAGGGAUGGACGGGAAGGUUAGGAUAUGGCGCCGGCAUGGAAAGGAGAACUACAGAACUUGGGAGUUCUUGACUGAACUUCAAGGUCCGGAUGAAGUCAUGUGGCUCCGGUGGCAUCCCAAGGGGACUGUCCUACUCGCGGGAUCUAAUGAUUCUACCGUUUGGUUAUGGCAACUGCCAUCCGGAAACACGAUGCAGGUUUUCUCUGGCCACACGGGACCUGUCCAAUGCGGUGAAUUUACUCCAGAUGGUAAAAGGAUCGUAACAGCAUGUGCAGAUGGACUUCUCAUCCUCUGGGACCCGAGAUCUACAGCACCAAUUUUCAAACUUGGGCCUAGUAAUGCUCGUUUCGACAUGGGAGGAAUAACAUCCGUAGCAAUCAACCCUUCGUCAACGCUGGCAGUAGUAGGCGGAGAGUCGGGGGGUAUCCGUGUUGUAAGCCUCAGCAAGGGUGAAAUAGUUGGCACACCCGGAGGUCACACAGAGGGUCAAAGCGUGGAAGCCUUAAGUUUCGUGGAGCCGACAGGGAUAUCAGGAGGAGCAGGUCUGGCCGUGAGCGGUGGCGCGGAUGGCAAGGCUUACAUGUGGGACCUUAACACGAUGCGUGCGCGUGCGACGCUAGACCAUGGAGAGGAGACUAUCACAGCCGUGCUGUCCCAUCCAGUGCCGAGGAGUCCCCUUGUCACUACAGGCUCAGCGGACGGAACUCUCAAAACCUGGGAUGCCAGAACUGGCACGUUGCUGACUGUCCACAAGGGUAACGAGGGCGCCGUUUUCAGUGCGUCUCUGGGUUUGGAGGGGUCAGUUGUUGUCAGUGCCGGGGACGAUGGAUCUUGCUACGUGUUUACGAUAGACCAGUGACUGUCGUCCACAUAUGAAUUGACCCCUAUAUAUGACCUGUGCUAAGAAAGGAG